AUGUUGUUGCUUGCAGAAGUAGUGCUAAUUGCUGUUUUCUCAAGAGCUGAAAAGCCUGUUUGUCAGCAAUAUGGAACACAAGAACUGCUUCAGUUCUCCAAAGAAGGUGACAUUAUUAUAGGAGGAAUUUUUUCAUUCCAUAAAAAUCCCAUUAUUGUUAAUCCAACAUUUAAAGUCAACCCUGGACACAUCCAGUGUGAAGGAUUACAUCCUGGAGAAUUACAGCAUGCACAAGCCAUGAUCUUUGCUAUUGAAGAAAUCAACAACAGUUCAGAAAUGCUUCCUGAUGUUUACCUGGGCUAUAAGAUAUAUGAGGCUUGUCGUUCAAUGCCAUUGUCUAUAAAAGCAUCAUUAGACUUAAUGAAUGGGCAGGAAAAAGGAUUUAUCACUGACCAGCCCUGCAACAAAUCAUCUUCAGUCCAUGCCAUCAUAGGACAGUCCAGCUCCACUCUUGCAAUAGGAAUUGCAGCAACUGUUGGACCGUUUCACAUACCUGUGGUAAGUCACUUUGCUUCAUGUGCCUGUCUCAGUAAUAGAAAAGAUUUCCCCACCUUCUUCAGAACAAUUCCUAGCGAUUAUUACCAAAGCAGAGCAAUGGCAAAGCUUGUGAAGCACUUUGGAUGGACCUGGGUUGGGGCCAUUAGAAGUGACAGUGAUUAUGGCAACAGUGGGAUGGCUACCUUUGUACAAGCUGCCCAGCAGGAGGGUAUCUGUAUUGAAUAUUCAGAGGCCAUUUUCAGAAGUGACCCAAGAGAGAAAUUACUUAAGGUUGUGGACAUUGUGAAAAAGUCAACUUCAAGAGUCAUUGUUUCUUUUACUUCUUCUUUAGAUAUGGAAAUACUGGUAAAAGAACUGUUUAUUCAGAAUGUCACAGGUUUCCAGUGGGUGGGCAGUGAAUCCUGGAUUGCUGAGAGUCUUGUUGCGUCAGAGGAGGGCACUAAAGUCCUGAGUGGAGCCAUUGGUUUUGCGGUUCCAAAUGCAGAAAUACCAGGACUGAAACAGUUUAUUCUGAAUACUCGUCCGUCAAACAUAUCUGGAAACACUGGCUUGAAUAAGUUUUGGGAGAGUUUUUUCAGCUGUAGUCUAACUCCUCACAAGGACUCCGGUAUUGAGCCAUGCACAGGAAAAGAGACCCUAGAGGGAAUUAAUAACCAAUAUACAGAUGUGUCAGAGCUAAGAAGGACAUAUAAUGUGUAUAAAGCAGUGUAUGCUAUAGCUCAUGCAUUACACAGCCUUUUCAUGUGUGGAAAUGGCCAGGGACCAUUCCAUGGAAAUACAUGUGCAAACAAACACAAUAUAGAACCUUGGCAGGUGUUGCAUUACCUGACAAACGUUAACUUCACCACCAGGGAUGGAGAGAAAAUAUAUUUUGAUAAAAAUGGGGAUCCAGCAGCUCGAUACACACUUAUAAACUGGCAAAAUAAUGAGGAAGGAAUUACAAUAUUUCAGACUAUUGGUCUAUAUGAUGGCUCUUUACCAGAAGGACAGCAGUUUAUAAUGAAUGACAUCAGGCCUGUGUGGGCAGGUGAUCAAGAUAAGGCUCCAAAAUCAGUCUGCAGUGAGAGCUGCCUUCCAGGGACUCGUAAGGCCAUUGAGAAAGGGAAGCCAGUCUGCUGCUUUGUCUGCAUCCCCUGUGCAGAGGGAGAGUUCAGCAACACUACAGAUUCUGUGGAGUGUUCACAAUGUCAUUUGGAAUACAGAUCCAAUGCGCAAAGAACUCAAUGCAUCUUAAAAAACAUUGAGUUUUUAUUUUUUGGAGAAUUAAUGGGGAUACUUUUGGUAACAUUUUCUGUUUUAGGAUGUAUCCUAACCAUAGCAAUUGCUAUAAUUUUUUUCCAAUACAGAUUUACUCCAAUAGUAAGAGCAAAUAACUCUGAACUGAGUUUUCUUCUGCUCUUUUCAUUGACUCUGUGUUUCCUCUGUUCACUUUCUUUCAUCGGCCAGCCCUCUGACUGGUCCUGUAUGUUGCGCCACACAGCAUUUGGGAUCACAUUUGUCCUGUGCAUCUCUUGUGUUCUGGGGAAAACAAUAGUGGUGUUAAUGGCCUUUAGGGCUACACUUCCAGGCAAUAACAUUAUGAAAUGGUUCGGGCCCAAACAGCAGUGCUUAAGUGUUCUUUUUUUCACGCUCAUACAGAUCUUUAUUUGUGUUGUUUGGUUGGCAAAAUCAGCUCCUUUUCCUAACAAGAACAUGAGCUACUAUAGAGAAAAAAUUAUUUUGGAGUGUGACUUAGGAUCAACAAUAGCAUAUUGUGCUGUGUUAGGGUAUAUAGGAUUGCUCGCUGCCACGUGCUUUGUGCUCGCUUUCCUGGCUCGGAAUCUACCUGAUAACUUCAAUGAAGCCAAAUUCAUUACAUUCAGCAUGCUCAUAUUCUGUGCUGUCUGGAUCACCUUUAUCCCAGCCUAUAUCAGCUCUCCUGGGAAGUUCACAGUAGCUGUGGAAAUAUUUGCUAUUUUAGCUUCUAGUUUUGGUUUGCUGUUUUGUAUUUUUAUGCCAAAAUGUUACAUUAUUUUACUGAAACCUGAAGAAAAUACCAAAAGAAAUGUAAUGGGUAAAAUAUCCUCAAAAUCUCUCUAA